GAGUGACCAAAAGCAAUCUGCUCCGGUCCAAUCAGCCUCAGUGCCUACCUUCACACAUAAGCGGCAGGGCACUCAGGUCUGUCCGGGAGCGCAGACCUACACAUACACACACCUAGACACUUGUCGCAUUCACAUACAAACACGUUCACACAUUUCACACCCUCCCCAUUUUAAGGGCACCCUGUGCGACCUCUCGCCAUUGGCCAGGACCCGGAGCCCUCAGCAUCUCCAUCACGGCUGAAGGGACCAUUCGGGAAAGCAGGAGACUGGGGUGGACUAUGAGGAUGUUUGUGCGGCUCGUAUUUGGACUCUUCGUCCUCAAAGCAGCGGUGGCCAGCCCCAGAUUUUCCCGACAAGCAAACUUGGACAUUUAUGACGACCCCAACUAUGACGAUCUAAACGCUGUUGAAACUGAAGAUCCCUAUGACUACGAAGAUGGACUGACGAUUGAUGAACCUGAGAUAGAGACUGAAACAACGACUCCACCUGACUACACAUUCCCAGAAGAAGAGAAGCCUGAAGAAGAGGAGGAGGAAGAGCUGGUCCUAAAACCUCAAGCCAUCCCUCAGGGUUCAGGGGGAUCCGGUGUUCUGAUGGGUCCAGAAACCCACAAAGAGGUGGAGCUGCGUCGGGAGUCUGUUGAGAUUCUUCAUGUCUCCGGGGAUUUUGGGGGCUCUGGGUCUGGGUCUGGAACCUCGGGAGCUUCUGGGGCCUCUGGGUCGGGAGAAUCAGGAGAUUUGCCGAUCUCUGGAGAUAUUAUUCUGACUUCUGGAGCCUCAGAGAGGUUAUUCAGCUCUGAGGGAUCUGGAGAGUCCCUGCUUACGGAAGAACCAGAGAUGAUAUCUGGGGAUGUCUCGGGAUCAGGAUUUGAAACUUAUCCCUCUGGAGAUUCUGGAGACUUUACCUCUGGAGGUUCUGGAACUGUCAUUGAAAUCCCCGUUGGUUCAGGGGAAUCCGGGGAAUCUGGGGACCUGUCUGGGGUCUCCUCAGACCCAUCGAUCUCAGGGGCCUCUGGAAGCUCUGGGGUUUCUGGAGACCCAGCUGAGUCCGGGGACCUUGGGAUAACUUUGAUAUCUGGAGAGGAGGAGCCGCUUGUCACUCCCAAACAUGACCCUCAAGAGGCAAUCGUUGCUUCUGGGGAAAUCUCUGGAGCUUCUGGAACCUCAGAGCCCUCAGGGGACGCUUCAUCUGCAGACACGGAGAUCUCUGGAACCUCCGGGGUUCCUGAUGUCUCUGCCUCUGGAGACACUGACGACACCGUAACUGUAAUCGUUAAAACCAAGGAAGAGGAGAGGGUGUUUCCAACUACACCAGAGACCCCACAGGAGGGGGCUACUAGCAUAGAGGAGACAGACAGUUCUGGGUUGCCAGACACUUUUGAGCCAGAGGAGCCUGAUGAGCCUAAGAUUGACAUUUCAGGUAUGCCCACUUGCUUGUUGUGCACGUGCCUCGGCACCUCGGUCUACUGUGAUGAUUUGAGGCUGGAGAAUGUACCACCUCUGCCCAAGGAGACUACACACUUCUAUGCCCGCUACAACAAAAUCACCAAGAUCAACAAGUCUGACUUCGCCUCAAUGAACAAGCUGAAAAGGGUUGACCUGACUGCCAAUGAGAUAACGUCCAUCGACGGCCAGGCUUUCAUAGGCCUUCCUGAUCUCGAGGAGUUGAUCGUCCGACAGAACCACCUCACGCAGCUGCCGGCGCUACCCGAGACCAUGACUCUGAUCGAUGCCAGCCACAACAGCAUUAGCUGGAAGGGAAUCCAUAAAGAAGCUUUCAAAGAUAUGACGGGAUUGUUGUACCUCUACCUAUCAGACAACAACAUUGAUUAUAUUCCAGUGCCUCUGCCACACAGCCUGCGAUCUCUACACCUACAGCGUAACAACAUUCAAAUGAUGAACGAGGACACGUUCUGCAACCUGAACGACUUUAACUACAUCAGAAAUGCGCUGGAGGACAUUCGCCUGGACGGCAACCCCAUCAACCUCAGCAAGACCCCACAGGCAUACGUCUGCCUGCCCCGUAUACCCAUCGGGAACCUCAUUUAACCACACGCGUACCCACACGCCUGCACACAACCAAAUGGACACGAGUUUGUACAUACGACCACA